CAAAGUUUCGGGAACUUGUGCGGGUCGUCAGGUUCAUUUCCACAGACUCUCUCAGGAGUCAGGCUGGGGCGAGAAGACACAGUUAGUGAACAAUAAACAGUUAAUUUUAACAGAUUUUCUCGCCUGCUCUAUGUGUGCUGUGGCUGCUGCCGCCUCUAGUCUCCAGUAUUGUUCAGUUGGCUCCCUAAUGGCGGACGGCAGGCAGUGCUGUUUUCCGCUGGGGGAGGAGGAGGGGGGGCAAAUUCUAUCUGGUUGUAAAAAUAUUGAGUUUAUACCUGUCUUUGGGUCACGGUAACUCCCAAAAGACUCGUGUAAUCACGAUGCUGGAAUUUAUUUGAAUUGCGUUAUUUACCACCGCAUGACACAAAUGAAAACAGUUCAUGUGAUUCGUAACGCUAGGGCGCCCCUUGCGGUGGUCGGGUAUAUUUGCCACUGAUUGCGCCAGGGUGGACGUGCAGGGUAACUUUCCAAUUAAAACCCCAGCGUCACAGGUAUCAUAAAAAUCGGGAUUUUUAUUCGGAUUCCGGCUGUGCUUUGGUGGCACUGACAUGUGUACGAUUGAAAAAUUACACUGGGCGAGAAGGGGGGUUGUAGUAAAACCACACGCUGCCAGCCAUUAGGGCUUGUAUUUUGAGUGUCACACUGUCUAUCCUGUGCAACAUUUGUUUUUUUUAUGUAUUUGAGGCAAAUACGUUGUGUUCAUUUUAGUGAUAUCUUAACUACGGCGCAGUCUGUGUCUGCUUUCCCCUCCUCGAUCCGCCGCUAAUCCAAUGGCUGUUUGCGCCAGGAAGGGCAGGGGUGGGAACGGAACGGAACGGAACACCCUGAACCACGUUUCUUCUGGAUCCCAACUUGGAAGCCAACAUACCCCCUCAUUUACCUGGGUUAUUUAUGGGAGAGUUGCGCAGCUCAGGUGGUUGCCUUAGCGAUGGACGGGGGCUCAGAACCAAACCCUGUCAUGGCAGAAGAGGCAGGGGAGCGGGUGGAGCCCAUGGAUGCCACUCCUUCCCCCCAGCAACAGACCACGCCCCACUCAGAGGAGGCUGUGGAGGCUGUUUCCAUGGUAACAGAAGACAGUGCCACAAAAGAGGGUGGCACUGAUGACAAUGAUGAUGAUGAUGUGGUUCUCGUAGGGGAGGAGGGUCCCCAGCCUUCUGCCACAACCCUUUCCCAAGACACACCCAGCACAGACUGCCUAGAGCCAGCUGCUGCCGUGGCAGCUGUAGACAUGUCCACGGCAGUGGUGCCUUCCAGAACCCCUAGUUCUCCCUCGUCUUCCAACACAUCUACAGUGGCAGCACCUCCCAAACCUUUAACUACGGCAGCGGAGCCUAUUGUCAUUGACGACGAGGAGGAUUCCGAACAGAAAGACGCUUCCCUUACCUCACCAGCGAACCCUGGAGCCUCCUCUGCAUCCCACUCACCAGGUGCACUGAGCAGCACUGAGCCAGAUUCAGAGAUCAGGAUUGCCAGUGUCACCACACUGGGCUCUACUAGCCAAAAAGGAAGCUCCUCCACUUCUACAGUAAAUACUCCACCACAUCCAGUGGAUGUCCAGGCAGACAUGAACCUGAUGAUAACAUCAGUGACAUCACUGCAGGGUGGGGCAGCAGCUGUCACAGUGGCAGGUGAAGGCCAGGCAGAGGAAAAUGGUCUGCAGAUCAGCAGUGCGUUCAGCUUGAAUCCUGACACCCCACCUGGUCGACCAACAGCCUCAUUCAACCCUGGGCGGGGCUCAGGCCCCAUGGGCCAGCUGGCACAGAAUGGAGACACAGGGACUCACAACAGAGCAGACUCAUGGAUCUCCCAGUCAGCUUCGGUCCCUCGCAACCAAAAACAGACGGGGGUCGACUCUCCGUCACCUGCCACCUCCCUGCCCAAACCUCCAGGCCAGUCUUCCUCAUCUUCCUCCUCCUCAGGCUCCCAACCCCAGCCCAGGACUGUCAAGGUGACCUGUGCUAACUGUAAAAAGCCUCUGAAGAAAGGCCAAACUGCCUACCAGCGUAAAGGCUCCACACACCUGUUCUGCUCCACCACCUGUCUCUCUGCCUUCUCACACAAACCCGCCCCCAAGAAGAGCUGCACCAUGUGCAAAAAGGACAUCACAAAUAUGAAGGGUACCAUUGUGGCGCAGGUCGACUCCAGUGAGUCUUUCCAAGAGUUCUGCAGUACAGGCUGCCUCGGUGCAUAUGAGAACAAGCAAAACCCGCCCAAAUCUGGCCUCAAAACCAAAUGUACUGUCUGCGGCAAGCUCACAGAGAUUCGACAUGAAGUUAGCUUUAAGACUGUGACCCAUAAGAUCUGCAGCGACACGUGUUUCAACGUUUACCGCAGGGCCAACGGCUUGAUCAUGAACUGCUGUGAACAAUGUGGCGACUACCUGCCCAGCCGAGCGUCAGCCAACCACUUCCUGCUGGUCGAUGGCCAACAGAAACGCUUCUGCUGCCAGAACUGCAUCAGGGAAUACAAGCAGGCGCACAGUAAACUUGCAAGCUGCCUGACUUGCAAAACGCUGAUCAAGACGGGCGACGUGCUCCACAGUCUCGGAGCUGGCGGCACCAUGGGCUCCUAUUGCUCUGUCAACUGCAUGAACAAGGGUAAACUGGCGUCAACCUCCUUCAUCAACACAGAGCCCACAUGUCACUUCUGUAAGAGGAAUUCAUUACCACAGUACCAGGCCACGCUGCCAGAGGGAAACAUCCUCAACUUCUGCAGCUCACAGUGUGUUACCAAGUUCCAGAAUGCUACUCUUCAAACAGCCACCAAUGGACAGACACCCGUCUCCACCACCAACAACACUGUCCAGCUGAAAUGUAACUACUGUCGAGGAGCAUUCAGCUUGAAGCCUGAAACUCUGGAAUGGGAGGAUAAGGUUUACCAGUUCUGUAGUAAAGCAUGCUGUGAGGACUACAAGAAGCUUCACUGCAUUGUGACGUUCUGUGAGUACUGCCAGGAGGAGAAGACGCUACACGAGACAGUCAAGUUCUCUGGAGUCAAGAGACCUUUCUGCAGCGAAGGUUGUAAGCUGUUAUUUAAGCAGGAUUUCAUCAAGCGGUUGGGUCUGAAGUGUGUCAGCUGUAACCACUGCAACCAGCUCUGUAAGAGAGGUGUGACCCGGCAGCUUGGCGGCAUGACCCGGGACUUCUGCAGUGAGACCUGUGCCAAGAAGUUCCAUGACUGGUACUACAAGGCGGCGAGAUGUGACUGCUGUAAGGUGCAGGGGAACCUGACAGAGUCCGUGAUGUGGAGAGCAGAAAUGAAGCAUUUUUGUGACCAGGAGUGUCUGUUGAAGUUCUACUGCCAGCAGAACGAGCCCAUCAUGGUCACACAGAAAGGCCCCGAGAACACCAGCCUGGGGUAUGAAAUGCAAGGGGCCAAACUUGGGCUGGUGAACCAGGGUACUGUGGCGUAUGCUGGUGGAGGUUUGGUGAGAGAUGUCAAGAACAAGGCGGUGCUGUGCAAGCCGCUCACCUUGACCAAGGCUACCUACUGCAAGCCGCACAUGCAGAGCAAACUUCUACAGACAGAUGUGGACGAUGGUGUGAAGAGGGAGUAUGUUCCUGUGCCCAUACCUGUGCCCGUCUUCAUCCCCAUGCCAAUGAAUAUGUAUUCCCAGAUCACUCCCACUCCAGUCUCUCUGCCUGUACCGGUUCCUGUGCCUGUGUUCCUGCCCACCACCCUGCAGGGGGCAGAGCAGAUCAUCCAGACCAUCAGUGAACUGAAAAACAAAGUGCCCUCUGACCCUCAGGAGAGCGACCUGCUCUCCAUGGCUGAGAUGAUGGCAGAGGACCAGAAGCCAGAUGUGAAGACAGUGAAACUGAAGAGGGAGUGCAGAGCAGAGGAGUCCUCAAGCAGCAGCCCUGAAGAGGAGAAGGAGGAAGCAGAAGAGGAGGAGGAGAAGCAGGAAGUAGAAGAGGAGGAGGAGGAGGAGGAGGAGGAGGAGGAGAAGUACGAACCUGACCUGGACCUGGAGGCAGACUUCCCUCAAGCAUCAGACCCUGUUCCGGUUCUGGAGGGAAUGGACGAGGACAUGGGUUUCUCUUUACCUCCGGUCCUGACAGAAGAAAAGGAGGAGCCAGAGGAGCCAGUGGAGUCAGCACCUCGACCACAGCCCAGGAGACAAGGGAACAAGAGGCAGGCAGUAGAAGAGAGGUCAGAUCUAGCUUCAUCCUCUUCUUCCUGUCCAGACAGACAGUCAGAAGGACGAUGGCUGCCUCUCAAAGCUCGCUAUGGCAUCCAUGCCUGGAAACGCUGGGUGCUGUCUGCUUCAGACCAAUCAGGUGACACCAAAGUAAAGGGCAGCUCCAAACCAGCCCGAACUAAAAGUAACCUGUUGUCGCUGAGUUCAGAGGAGCUGAAUGUGGCUCUGUCCCGGUUUGUCAGGGAGGUCUGCAGGCCUAACGGAGAGCACUAUUCACCUGACAGCAUCCUCUACCUCUGUCUCGGGAUCCAGCAGCAUCUCCAUGCCAAAGGCCGGAAGGAUGACCUGUUUAGUGACCCCUGCUACCAACAGUUUGGAGAGGAGCUUAACAAGGUCCUGAAGGACUGGCAGCCCAGUGUGCUUCCUGAUGGCUCGCUGUGGGGUCGAGUGGAGGAGCAGAGCCUGUGGAGCAGUCGGCAGCUCGGGGAGCAGAGUCCCGCCGCUCUGCUGCGCUCUCUGGUUUACCUGAACACCAAAUACUUUGGCCUGCGCACCGUGGAGCAGCAUCUCCGCCUCUCCUUCGCCAACGUCUACGGCCCAGACACCAUCCAUCCUGUCACCAAGGAGACCACCGUCUGCAUCCGCGUGCCUUCCAUCUCUCAGGAUCAUAACGAGCAAACAGAGUCUAGGAAGAGGAAGCGUAAGUUGGACGAUGGCGACCAGGACUAUGAACCAGACGACGACUCGGGAGGCUCCACUGUACGGUGCCCAGUUAAGAAGCAUGAGUGUCACCUGUACGACCUCUACAGAGCUAAAUGCCCGUCAUCGUUGCGGGAGCGUCUAGAUGUGUUCUACGUUCAGCCGGAUCUGGCAUGCAGCCUCGAUGGCCCGUUGUGGUUCAGCUCCACACCGCUGGAGCGACGGAUGCUAGAGAGCCUCCUCACCAGAGUCCUCCUGGUCAGGGACAUUUACACAGACAAACAACAUUUGGAAGAAGGGGAGGAGGAGGAGGAGGAGGAGGAAGAGAACAGCAGUGAAGCUGUCGGGGGAGAAUAGCAGUUGCUUUGCGACUUUUGUUAGUAGAGUCUGAACAGUCAGCAGAGGAUAGCUAGUGUGUGUGCUCCUCCCCUGUCUUAUCGUCUAGUUCUCCUUCCCCUCCUCGCGGACUUACUGUUUCCUCCUGGUGAGGGGCAUCCAUAGUAGGGGACUUGAGAAAGGAUGAUGAAAGAGACAAUGAAGAGCACGCAGAAACUUUUGCUGCUUGAUUCACAAACGGUAAAGGAUGAAUCCAGGAUCCCUCCAGUCAUAAACCAGAAGAGGAGGACGGGCACAAAUGUGUCCUGAUGUGAUUUGACCUAGUUCACAUUCAUAGGAGGAUAAGGAGGAAGACAUGGAGGAGGAGAUGGAGCUGUAAUUUGUUACCUUUGGGGAAAACAAAGCAAAAUCAGGUAGAAAGCAAAGUACAAUAAUGGUUAUCAUUUUAUUUUUGAAAAUUUUAAGGGUUUCACGUGUUGAUAGUGCUCAGACAAGCAGCGUGAAAAUAUUAAAACAUUUAACAAGACGGAAUCAUGCUUUGAUAAAGAUUAUCUGCAGCCAUCAGGAGGCUACAACCAGAAUCAGACAGAGGAGAAGGGACAGGAUGUCAGUUAUUUCACGGCCUCCUCGCCAUCACUCUUGGGGUCAAGAGAGUAACUAAAGUUUUACAGAGAGAAUUGAUUAGUGAGGGAGAAGACAACGCGUCUGGGUGAAACCAGAACUAAUACUCAGAUGAGUAGCAGGAGGCAGCGUGGGGCUGACACUGUAUGAAGUUAGAAGUUUGAAAUUCCCAGCCAAUAGCUGAAAUUCGAUGUUUGAUGCAAUGAUUCAUCUUGUAAGAAUAAACUGAAACAGGGCUAGUAAAAUGAAUUUUUUGGGGGCCAACAUUCACUCUUGUAUGUACUUCAGCAGCUAAUUGUGCUACUGAAAGUGCUACUCUAUAUUUGAAAUUUGUCUUCUAAUGGAUGAUUAAACACAAAAUAUUCUGUAGCACUGUGACUGGUGGACCGCUUUGGGUCUCUUACGUCCUUGACCCGACCAUCAGUGAUGUUUAUAAUGUACUGCUGUCCAGCACUACUUCACUGAUGGGGGUCUGAACAUUUCUGCUGUUAGAUGGGAGCAAAGGUGUCAUUUUCUUUAUUUAACAAAUACUUGGUUUAGUGAAUUUAAGGCUUAGAUUUAAAGUCGAGCGGCAUGAUGUAGAUUAAAAAAAAAUCAUGCUGUGUUUAUUUUGACAGAUAUUACAAAUGUGAUGCAAUUCACAAUAAAGAGGACUGAUCUUUUUUUUUUUUCACCACAAUUUCCAUUUUCACUGGGGAAAAAAAAAAGCUAAAAAAAUCACAAUGUGACAUUUGUUGAGGUCUGUACCAAACAGCUACAUUUUCUAUUUAGACAGUAAGAACUGUAGGCCAUUGAGUCUCUGCAGCACUACAGUACUUCAUCACAAUGCUCUUUUGUCAAAAUUGCAGCUUCCAUCAUUUUGAUAUUGCACCUGGGCAUAAUGCAAUUUUGAUAAUAUUUAGAUUACUUGUUCUGCCCUAAUAUAAAGUCAUAACAUCCGUACAUCUGUCAGUUUGUUGGACCUCUGCUCAGGUUAAUUGCUGGCCUUGUUAAGCUGCAUUCAGACUGGAUUUUGCUCUGUGUUUUGACUAAAAAGUAAAUGGGACAGGAAAAAGGCAUGUGUAAGGCUGGAAUCUGCAACAGCUAGUGUUGGCUAGCAUGCUAACAAAAGCAAAUUCAAUUCAUUCAAUCAUUUUUCUUUAACGAUGGACGCUUCCUGUUCCUGUGUGCCCUCCAGCAGGCUGCGUUGACAUCGCAGGCAGGGUUUACCUUCUGCUGCAUUUGAUCAAACGGUUUAUACUCCAUUUUCAUUACAUUAUCACGCUACUACAAACUGCAGUGUCGCUCCUAAGCACUCUUUAGUUUGUGAUAUCUCUUGAUCAGCAUUUAUUUUUUACCUGCGUCAGAAACGUGACAGUACGCCCUUUUUUUCAGGGCACAUGUAGGGCAGUUUCAUAAGAUGGACUUUAAUAUGGCUGUGUCUUUGUGAGCUCACCAAACUCUGUACCGAUAAGAAGGAGUUUUAAAUCUUCCCGCCUUAAUAGGUUCAACGUUAGGUUCAAGGAGACGUAAAGUAAUCAGGUGACAUAACCUGUAUGGAUGUACAGGACCUGUAAGGAAUUGGGCUUAAUUAUAUUUUGAUGAUUGGCAGUGUUUUUAAAUGAGCUCUGGCAACAUCAAAGUCCAAUGAGUACAUAAUGGAAACCUGUAGUUUAAUAAAUUUUGCCACAUAGGGUAAAAAUGUAACAUGUCUGGAAGGCAGCACGAGACCAGCAGCCUCUUCCUCACAGCUGGGGCGAUCUACCGUGUCACACAUCUCCAUUAACUGGGCUGCUUUCUUUCCAUCCCAUCAUCCCGCUCACUGCUCUUCCUCCUGCCAGUACUGCUCUCAGGCAAAACACUUGCACCACAGGGGACUUCAGCUCAGAAGAGCAGAAGUCAGGACUGAUCCCAGGACAGUAAAAGAGGACUGACUCUAAACCUUGUGUUAUCUCAUUGGACAGACCUGACUCGCUGUGGUGUCUGGUAAAAAGACGACCCACCGACAUGCUGCACUUCUUCAAGUGGCGCUGGGGGAACAUUCAUUCAUGCAAUGUAGCAUUAUGUAUGUACGAAGCCCAGACUGGGUUUACUUUGAAGUGUAAAUAUCUCUGAAACAAGGCGGUUAUUUGAGACGGAGUCGACACAGAGGGACACUGUGUAGUUCAGGGGAAGGAAAAACUCCCAGCCAAACCUUCAGCUUGAAACCCGCCUCCCAAGAAGCCUUUUUAAAAAGACUUUAUAUUUAUUUCUCUUUUUAUCAGUUUGACUGUGUCCUCUUUAUGUUGGGAUCAGAUUGUUAUUGCCAUUUCCUUCUCAACCACUCGCUGAAAACCUGCUGCAGUCCUGUGUGCUCGCCUCUCUCUUGUCCAUUGAAGGGUAUCCUACAGGAACGGGCAAAACACGAAGGACACUGAUUAUUCAGAACUCAACAGACUGUUUUUGAAUUUUUCCUUUCUGUUGUCGUCGUAUCCGUGUUUGUAUUUUCCUGGCAUUUCUCAUUUCUUCUUAGUCUCCUUUAAACUGAAAUAUUGAUUUAGCUUGGAAACUGAGCACUGCUUAAUAAGUGUCUGUUUCUUCUUCCCAGCUACUUUUGAGUGCUAGCCCUUCAAAGUAAAAGCUUGUAAUAUACAGUAAAUUGGAAAUUUAAUUUUCAUCAACUUAAGUCAUGUUUUCUUUCAGAGUUGCACAGUCCCUUUCAGUUUCUUUAGUUUUUUUUAAUAUAUGUGGUUAAAGUCCCAUUUUUUUACCUUUUAUUUGAAUUUGCUUUCUGUAUUAAUAAAUUGGAGAAAGUGUCAUCAAAAUUAGGUAAAGGUUUGUGAAGAUUUUUGUUUUCUGCUUCUGCCAUCAUUAAUUAACUUUAAUUUAAAUAGGGAAAAUACUCAGAGUUGUGAAGCUGGAUGCAUUUUACACCAAACAUGUAUGUUUCCACAAUCUGUUCUCAAAAUAUAAGGAACAACCUAGAGAUGUUGAGUUUGGCCCACCAUGAACACAAUGUCUCAGAUUUCUCACUGAGUAAAAAGCGAACACGUCUUCUCUGCAUGAUCCACAUCACCGCUCCUCCUGACUGCAGUGACUGCGUAACAAGGUCAGGGAAUAUACUUUCAGAGUUCUGUUUUAUCUAAUAAGCAGGUGUUUCUGUUAUCUUGUACACCUGACUGUGCAUUUAAUGAUCUAGAACUGCAGUGUAACAUUUCAGGAAUUAAUGUAGAACAUUGGUCUGGAUUUCUGACACCAGGUCAGUGUCACCAGCCCAAAAUCCAAACCUUUAAACUUGGAACUUUACAAAAAAACAAAAACUGACACAGGAUCAGAGGACCCUGGCUGAUUUUCCUGCUGGACUCAGAGGCAGUGGCCAAACCUGCCACAGGUUUGGACCUACAAUAGUCGCUGUGGCUGGCUUUAAUGCCUAAUGUGAAUGUGCCUAUCUGUAUAUACUGAAAGUGAGUGAUUGUGACUUGAAUCUGAUGCUAUGUAUGUGGGCUGAUCUGCUGAUACGGUCAUGUUAAAUAAAUGGUUUCAUUUUCUAACCAGA